UUGCUCCAUCCAUCCCUGCGCAGUCGGCGGGGCCGGAGAGCGGAGCGGGAGCGGGAGCAGGAGCCCUGUCCUGCCCGCCGCCAUGAGCGCAGGCAAAGCAGGCAUCCCCCUCCUGCUCCCCCUGGCCCUGCUGCUGGCUGCCGYCUCCCUGUCCCCCGGCGGAGGGGACGCCCCGAAGGAGCCGGGGGACGGGGACGGCCCGCGCUGCCCCAGCCCCUGCGCCUGCAGCCUGGACGAUUACAGCGAGGAGCUCAACGUCUUCUGCAGCGGCCGCAACCUGACGCGCCUGCCCGAGGCCGUGCCCCCCAACGCCAAAGCGCUGUGGCUGGACGGCAACAACUUGACGCUGCUGCCGGCCGCCGCCUUCAGGAACCUGUCGGCGCUGGACUUCCUGGACCUGCAGAGCAGCCAGCUGGGCUCGGUGGAGCAGCACGCCUUCCACGGGCUGCGCAGCCUCUUCCACCUGCACCUGGAGCGCAACCGCCUCAAGCACCUGGCMCCGCACACCUUCCUGCACACGCACAACCUCGUGUCCCUCAGCCUCAACAACAACCUCUUCACCAAGGUGGAGGARGGGCUCUUCGCCGGCCUCUCCAACCUCUGGUACCUGAACCUGGGCUGGAACUCGCUGGUGGUGCUGCCCGACAAGGUGUUCCACGACCUGCCCAACCUGAGGGAGCUGAUCCUGGCUGGGAACAAGCUGCCCUACCUGCAGCACCAGCUCUUCUGCAGCCUGACCGAGCUGAAGGAGCUGGAUCUGAGCGGCAACAUGCUCAAGGGCAUCAAGAUCAACAUUUUUGUCAAGCUGCAGAAGYUGCAGAAGCUGUACCUGAACCACAACCAGAUCAACGCCAUCGCGCCCCGCGCCUUCAUGGGCAUGAAGUCCCUGCGCUGGCUGGACCUGUCCCACAACCGCCUGGUCUCGCUGUACGAGGACACCUUCCUGGGCCUGCUGAGCCUGCACGUCCUGCGCCUGUCCACCAACUCCAUCGCCGGCCUGAGGCCCAGGACCUUCAAGGACCUSCAGUUCCUGGAGGAGCUGCAGCUGGGGCACAACCGGAUCCGGAGCCUGGCGGAGAGGACCUUCGAGGGGCUGGGCCAGCUGGAGGUGCUCAGCCUCAACAACAACCAGCUGCAGGACAUCAGGGCCGGCGCCUUCCUGGGGCUGCACAACGUGGCCGUGAUGCACUUAUCUGCCAACUGCAUCAAGCUCUUGCCCGACUUCGUCUUCAAGGGGGUCUCAAAGUUGCACAGCCUCCACCUGGAGCACAGCUGCAUGGGCAGGAUCCGGGCCAGCACCUUUUCUGGGCUCUCCAGCCUGCGGCGCCUCUUCCUGCAGCACAACAGCAUCUCCCUCAUUGAAGACCGGAGCUUCAGCGAACUGCACGAGCUCCUGGAGCUCGACCUGAAGCACAACAGGCUGAGCCACCUCUCRCCCCGGCUCUUCGUGGGGCUGAGCAACCUGGAGUACCUGUUCCUCUCCUCCAACCAGCUCCUGGAGAUCUCCCAGGACACCUUCGGCCCGCUCCAGAGACUCUUCUGGCUCGACCUCUCCCACAACCAGCUGGAGACACUGGACAGCAGCGUCGUCUCCCCACUGACCAACCUGCGGUACCUCAGCCUGAGGAAUAACUCCCUGGAGACCUUCUCGGUGGCGUUCCUGGGCCCCCCCUUCGCCCUGGAGCAGCUGUGGCUGGGGGGCAACAACUGGCACUGCAACUGCUCCCUGAAGGGGCUGCGGGACUUCUCCUUGCGGCACCCGGCUGUGGUGCCGCGCUUCGUGCAGUCGGUGGCCGAGGGGGACGAUGCCCAUGUCCCCAUCUACACCUACAACAACCUCACCUGCCUGCACCCCCCAGGGCUGGCAGGGCUGGACCUCCGUGACGCCGCCGAGGAGAGCUUUGCUCACUGCUGAGCUGGGCUGGCCCUCCCAGGGACCCUCACCCGCCACCUCCCUGGCCCUGCUGRGGCUCUGUGGCCACCCCAGACGAGCCCACCACCUCCAGUAGCCGCCUUGCCCAGGAGCUGCUGGAUGGGCACCAGCCCCCUGGGCUUCGAACUGAGUAUUUCAGCCCUUUAAUAUUUAAGUAGAAGCCCCCCGGGCACAGCACAGCACAGCAGGAGCACAUUUGGAAUGCUGCAACCCCCACCUGCAGCCACAGCAAGGGGCRGCCCUGCCCUGCCCAGGCCAGGACUUCAUGGGACAAAACAAAGCAUUUUCCUGCCACAGAGCAGUGGAGAAUCCUAAAAGCUACCCCGAGCUUAGGGARGGGUGCAGAGGACUUGCUGUAGUGAUUCCCUGCAGCAGCAGAUGUAGGCAGGGCACAGAAAGGCACACGGCACUCACCUGACAAAUGGCAGCAGACAAAUAAACCUUUGGAGCUAUUGCAACCCA